GAUGGAGUUUGUCUCAGAGAUCAAUGAACAAAGUACAUAGUUAGAUUCAACAACAGCCGCCAUUUCCGUUGAACGAUGUAAAUUCACCAUAGAAAAUAUUUAGCAAUUGAACAUUAUAUGGAGCACCGUCUACACGUGGUGUAAGCGGAUUAUGUACCAACGUGUGCAAUGAUGUUGGAUUACACAUGAAUGUGAAGCUGACUGGUGUAUCUUCAACAGAACCUGGGAACUUUCUAGUGAAGAAACGUGUUCAGGGGGAGUAAAGCGGAGGCACUACAGCAGGUCUGGGAAAGAUCAGAUGGAUGUCCUCGGUGAAAAUGAGGCCCUGCAGCAAUUUUUUUAUGGGCAGGAUGUCAGUGGCGUAUUGGACAGUGCAGCGGUCGAUACCAGCAUUCUAGAGCAAUAUCUCAGCAAUGAUAUCGACCCCACUUUUAUGUUACCUGAAUCACCUCCAGAUUCAGCUUCAGAGCCGUGUUCACCUCCACAAAUUCCAGAUGUCCACUUUGCCUCAGAUUUAUCCUCUGAGCAUCUGGCUCCUGGCCUGCGCACCUCAGCCGGACAGAUUCCUGCUCCUUUCUGUCAUCUUAAGGCUCCACCAUCCUCUGAGUAUGAUUUGGUGAACUCCAUGAAGCAUAUAAAGAGCAAAUCACCUGCUACAGCUCUGAACGUGUGUGAUUCAUCCUUAAACUGUCCAUACAGCAGUCCAAAUGAGACCUGCAUACAGAGCGCCGGGCCACCAGUACAGCAUGACCCAAUAGAUGUGGUCAGAGGCUACACAGAAGCUGCCACUUCCAGCACAUCUCCAUGCCUUUUACCUCAUGUAUGUGUGGAUCCAUACAUGGCCUCCGAACCUGGUCUGAGCACAGGGGAAACGUUAUCUGAAAAGAAUAAGAGAAAGCGUUCAAACUCUUUGGAUGUAAACACACCAGACAGCCAGUGGAGAGACCAAGCCAGCGUUUGGACCAAGCCUUCAUUUUGUCCUGAGAGGGCUGUGAGUAACAUGCCAGGCUAUGAGGGUGAUAUCCAAGCAGCAAGUUCAGCAAUGACAUACCAGCUUCUGAAAUGGGACCGCUACCAACCAAACCAGUGGAGCAGCCUGUACAACGGCAGUCACCAAAUUCUCCCGUCCCCAGGUUACCACGUGGACACAGAUAAAGGGUUUAGCUACUCAGCAGCUGAUGAAGCAUUCGUGUGCCAGAAGAAAAACCACUUCCAAGUUACAGUACACAUCGGGAUGGCCGGAGACCCCGUAUAUGUGAACACACCAGCAGGUCCUAUGCCUGUAGACAGCUUCCAAGUGAAAGUCUUUGGAAUUAAGCUUGAGGCUCAGAACCAUCACAUCACCAUCGAGCAGUCGCAAUCAGACCGCAGCAAAAAACCUUUCCUUCCAAUCCAAGUAAACUUGCCUGGAAAUAAAAUCACCAAGAUUACGCUUGGAAGGUUACACUUUAGUGAGACAACUGCUAAUAAUAUGAGGAAGAAGGGCAAACCUAAUCCUGACCAGAGGUACUUCCUAAUGGUUGUGGGACUUUAUGCUACAGUCAAAGAGAAGAGUUACGUACUGGUUGCAAACGUAUCUGAGAGAAUCAUCGUCAGGGCCUCAAACCCCGGGCAGUUUGAGAAUGACAGCGAGGUGCUCUGGGUAAAAGGGCAGACCCCAGACUCAGUGGUGUGCCAGGGAUUUGUGGGGAUCAACACCGAUACCCCAGAUGAGGCCUUGGUGGUUUGUGGAAACGCCAAGAUAAUGGGCACGGUCAUGCACCCCUCAGACAGCAGAGCGAAAGAGAAUGUCAAAGAGGUGGAUUCAACAGAACAGCUGAAACGAAUAGCUCAGAUGAGGAUUGUUGAAUAUGACUACAAACCAGAGUUUGCCUCAAAGAUGGGCAUCGAUCAGGUGCAUGAAACAGGCAUUAUAGCACAGGAGGUAAAAGAGCUGCUUCCCACAGCGGUGAGAGAAGUAGGAGAUGUCACAUGUUCAGACGGACAGAAAAUACACAGCUUCCUGAUGGUGGACAAAGAACAGAUUUUUAUGGAGAACGUAGGAGCUGUAAAAGAGCUCUGCAAGCUUACCGAUAACCUGGAGACACGUAUUGAGGAGCUGGAGGUGUGGAACGCUCGCCUGGCCAAGCUGAAGAACCUGGGGAGCAUGCGCUCCAAAAGCACCGCUGCAAGUAAACGAGGAGUCACGAAAAGCAACAGAAUCCAAACCCCAGCUCCUCCCCAAAAGCCCUCACCGUUAAAAACUAUUAAAGAGUAUGUACGUGAGAAAUACCAGCACUGCCUCCAGCACCGAUUAUUCCAAACCACAAUCAUUCUGCUUGUGGUAACUAUGGCUUUUUGUGCCAUCUGUAUCACCUCACUGUACAUGCUCACAUUAAAAGAAGAGAUACACUUUGAUUCCAGUAGUAAUAGCAGUAUGCAUCCGAGCUCAGUCCCUACUACUACUACAGAAAUGGUGAUUACAGACUCCACAGUCUCACCCACUACAUCAUCUUCUGGCACUUGGCCACCAGAGAUCGAUUUCUCUAGCGUGUUUUACUCGGAUGAAGUUUAUUGCUGUCUACAUACAUCAUCUAGCAGCCGUGUGUCUGUCACACCGAGCUCAGCUGUUCCCCCAGGCUUUCAUAAAACACCUCCUCAUAUUGAAAAUAGUCAGACAGCUAAUAUUCCAUGGGAAUGGUUACGAUUCUUCAGCGACUGGACAAACACAACCAUUAGUUCUAUCCUUAUCACCCAGAACCAGCAGGUUAUAGACCACCAAUAUAUAGACCAGCAGGACUCCCGGAAAGGGAACUACAGCUAUCGGAUCCCCAUCAGCAAACACAUUCCCAUCAACAUGCCAGUCACCCUGCAGAUGACCACUACUGAGCUGUUAGUGGCUCACUUGUGUGCGUAUGAGCUGAGAGAGGAGUGCACUGCUUUGAUGGACAAUAAUGACUCUGAAUUCUACAGAGCCCUCAACACACAGGGGUACGUACACGAGUGGCCCCUGUCAGUCGCCCGACAUUUCCGAUCAUCUUAUCAUUUUCGUCUCUCGGUAGCGGGCCAUGCUCACUGUUCUACAGACCCCAACUAUGUGGGAAUUCUGUUUACUGACUACCAUUUCCAUUUCUACCGCCACUGCCAGUGAUCCUGGAUUGAUACUAAUCACCCAUAAUAAACUAAUCACAGAUCCUCCUAAUGCUUUGACAAGAUUUAAAGAAGGAAGAAGUGAUACUGACUACCAAGGCUUGGCUUGCAUAUAUAUGUGUGUGUGUGUGUGUGUGUUUGUGUGUGUGUGUUGAUUUUAUGUAACAUAUAUACAGUAAUCUGUCAAUAGAUAGUAGAAAUAUGGGUUAGGAUAAUACACUAACAAAUACAAGGGCAGAGAAAAGAAAUGAAUCAUUUGUGAUUGGGCUAAAAUGGAAAGAAUUCAAAAAAAUAUCCAGUACAACAACAGGAAAAGUAAAAUGAAAAAUGAUUCAUAAUUCAGUCCUUCAGGCUGAAGCUGCACGAUGUGUGGGAAGUUCUCUUGGUUCUAGGGCUUGAUGAUGUUGGUACUUAGACUUUAGGGUCAACGGCCUUAUAAAAAAUGUAUUGGCACUAAUAUUGUUAAUGCUGAGAGCCUGGCAAUGCUGGUACAUGACAUACCUGUCUGCUCCGUCUCUCAGGCCAUUCGAUCAUUAACCGACAGCAUACGGUGGACUUCAGCUAUUAACGAUCCCAUAUGCUCUGGAAAUUGCUCAUAUGCUCUGUCACAAAUUCUCAUUUUAUAUUAAUAUAUGUAUUUGUGAAAAAAAAGUGUUCACCUUAUCGUCAGAAGAUCAUGAGCUCGAAUCAUGAGAUUAUGAGUUCUACAGCCGUCCAUGAACAAGAGCCAAAAGCUGUGCUCUAUCUAUCACCGGUGACACUGGCAAGUCUCAGGCAUCACGUAUAUGGAAGAGAGUGGGUUUGUCUCUGAGUGUGUCACAAUGUACUAUAAUGUACGGUGCAUGAGCAGCAGUUUGAAACGUUCAUGUGUUACUGUAGCAGGGGGCGUAGCCAUCAUUUAAAAAAUGGGGGGGACGAAAUGUCUAGUGUUAUCUGUUUUUUUUUUUUUCAGUUAACCCUUGUGUAAAUGACAGGUUUUAUUUUUAAUCAUGAUUUUUUUGAUCAUGCUUUAUAUGAUUUAUAUGAUUAUAUAUGAUUAUAAAACAGAAAGAAAGAAAGAAAUAGAACAGCUUGCUACUAGGACAGUACCCUUAAAAGGACAUCUUUGUACCUUAUUUACAUUUUUUACAUUACCCAUCAUCCUUUGCACCCCGUCAUCCACCACGUUUGUUUCCUGUCUUCACCUGUCUGUUCACCUGGACUCUAUUUAUACUCAUCACCGCUGUCUUCACUCAUUGUCGGUUAUCGUCUUUAUUACGUUGUAUGUAUGUGUGAUUUACCUGCUCCUUAUUAUUAAAAUGACAUCUUUAAUGUCAC